ACAGUUUGAUUCAUCGACAAAAUUUUCUUUUUUCUUUCUCGGUUCUUUCUCUUCUUCUCUCUAGCCGCCAGAGACGAUUCGCUGGUUCUCAAUCUCGCUGGUUUCACAAUCUCUUCAACCUCUAAUUGGCUUUAAAAAUGGCGAAUAAGAUUGCGAUGUUUCUAUCGGAAGCAAUAAACAACAAUGCUGUCAUAAACACUUGUCUUGGGGUAUCGUUUGUGGUUUUGGGAUUGAGAUCUGAUCAACAGCAGAAGUAUGUUGAGGCUUUAGCAGAGCAGAAGGAUUCGCUUUCCAAGUCUAACAAGGCGAUGAAAGUCACUAUGUGGGAGUGGAAACAGCAGCUCUUUGCUGAAGCUGCUUCCGCUGGUGCUUCCGCGGUUGUUCCUCUUUCCACGCUCAAGGCCAUCUAUGGUGAAGUCACAGCAACCACUCUGUCAGGUGACACAGCCAAGGAAGAGUCUAAAGUGUCUACCCCCAAGAUCAUGAUAUGAGAGGGUUGCUAAAGUAUUGCUACAUGUGCAUCCUACCCCGUUGUGGCUUGAGAUGAUCAGCGAAUGUGAUUGGUCAGUUAUUAAACUACAAAAUGUUCAGCAUAUUUGUUGGAUUAAGAAGACGUUACUUUUAAAGUUGGCACUUGGGAGUGCAUAUUGUUAUUAUGCUUGUUGUAACAUUAAGGUCUGUUCAUAUGUACAAAAUAAUGCAAAAAUCCAUAGACGUUAAAUUUAUAAUA